AUGAAGAAAGAAACCGUAUUAUCAGUAUUAAGGGCAGAAGAAAACUGGGCCAAACAAAAGGAGGUGGAGAUAAAGAAUGUUAAAGAAGAAUUGGUACGAGAAUUAAACGAGGAACAGAAUAAACUUAAAGAUAAUAUACGAGCAACUUGUGAUAAUGAACAGAAACUUAUGGUACAGAGAUUGGAGACUGAACAUUGUGCUAAGAUGAAGGCAGCUAAGGAAAGGUUUGAGUUGGAGUUGAAGACAAUGUCGAAUGAUCUAGAAAAAUUGGACAAAGAAAAAGUGAAUGAGAUUGAAAAAUUGAAGAAAGUGAUUAUUGAUAAGGAGUUGUAUUUAAGUAAAAAAGAACAAGCAUUUAAGGAGAAAGAGUCUGUGUUAACAAAAAAGGACCAUGUUAUUGAAAGUUUGAAGUCAGAACAUAAGACAGUUAUGAAGAAAUAUAUGGAGAAAAUCGAGGAAUUGGAAAAAGAACUGAAGCGAACUUGUGAAAAGAUUGUCAAGUUAGAAAAAGAACUUGGUGAUAAAUCUGCACAGCUUGAACAGAAAACAGAUGAAGUUAACAGACUGAAGAAAGAGUUGGAAAAGAGGGGGUUGGAAAAAGAAUCUGAAAUAAAGAAAUGGAGAAGAGAAGAGAUGGAAAGAACUGAAAUUGAUAAGAAUACUUUGAAAACAUGGCAAACUGAAGUAGAGAAUCUGAAGAAGGAAGUGAUUCAUUUGAAGUUGGAGAUAGAAAAGUUGGAUUAUAGCAAGCAAAUGGAGGUACGUAAGACUGACAUGCAGUUCUUUCUCCCAAUUUUAAACCGUUUUAACUGAAGGUCUGAUUGUCUUUCUUUUAAUAGACUGUGAAUCAUCUUCUGUACUCAGAGUAUUGUUAUCGGAAGACACAUUUGCUUCAGUAAGUGGGAAGAAGUUCGUUUCGACAUUUUAUUCCGAUCACGCUUGAUUUACACGGACAAAAUUACAUUUGGACUGGUUUAAAUUUGUGUACUUUUUUAAGCGAGGUUAAGGUAUAGAAAAUGUAAACCAGACAGCAAGUGCGUGCAUAGUUUAUAACUCGGUUACCUGCGAAUAUUAUAUUUAUAUUUCGCAUUUUCCUGAAGAGCGUUCUCAAAUUUUUCUUUAACUGGCAAAAAAUUGCGAGUUGACAUAAAUCUAACUCGCAAAAUCAUUUUUCAACUAGCAUUUUGCGAGUUUGCAAGUGUUAAAUUCGAGCCCUGGUAAAGUGCCAAAAUUCAGAGCUGACAAAGUUUAAAGGCCAAGCAUGGGAAAAAGGUUAUAAUAAACUUUUAAAAGUGAAAUAUAGCAUAUAUUGCUGUCAAAUUAUAAAAUUCUUAAGUUGAAAUCCCCAUUUCUAUAAAUGGACAAUCAGUGGACAAUGCUAAUUUCAGA